GCAGCAAGAAUUGCAGCGGGUUCUUUAGACGCAGCUGUUGGUCUUCAGCUGAAUUAGUGUCUGAUGUGUCCAGCACAGUGACAUCAUGGCGGCAGCAGCAUCAGAUGAUCUUCAUCCUCUGAAGCGCAGCAGCAGCUAUGAGUUGCUGCCACCUCACAUGUCUGAGCUGAGGGUUGUUCUGCUGGGGAACAGCUGGUCUCAGAGGAGUUCAGUGGGGAACUUCAUACUGGGAGAGACUGUGUUCAAAACUGAGGAAGAACCAGACUGCUGUCUGACAGAAAGAGGACAAUUAAAGGAGAAAAAGAUAGUUCUGAUCAACACUCCAGAUCUGCUGCAUCUCAACAUCUCUGAAGACAAACUGUCAGAACAUGUAGAAAACUGUGUGAGACUCUCUGUUCCUGGACCUCAUGUGUUCCUGCUGGUUCUACAGCCUGAAGACUUCACUGAGUAACACAAACUGAGACUCUGCAGAGUCCUGAAAUUCUUCAGUGAUCAAUCAUUUGAUCAUUCAUUGAUACUGAUAUCAACACCCAGAGAGGAGAGUUCAGGUUUCAAAGAUGAACCAGACCAGCCCUUAAAAGACAUGAUCAGAAUGUGUAGAUACAGAUACCUGAAGCAGAAGAACCUUGAACGUCCAGAGCUGUUAACACGAUUGGGUCAAACUGCAAAGGAGAACAAUGGAGAGCAUGUGAGCUGUGAUGUGUCUGAGGAUGCAGCACCUGUUUUACCAGCUGAUCAUCAAAGCCUGAAACAAAAAGAGAAACAGACUUCUAUCACAGAUGCUGUUAAAGCUGCUGGACUGCAUGUAGUGACAGAAAUCAGUCCGCAACUCUCACUCACAGAGAAAACCCCUGGGACUCACACAUCUGCACUUCAGAUUGUGCUGCUGGGAAAAAGUGAAGACAAACAGACAAGACUUGGUAACUUCAUCACUGGGGAGCAACGUUUUCAGAACCCCAAAAUUUUCCCAACCAAGCAAAGUGUGGCCACCGAUGGAGAGUGGAGAGGAAAACCAUUAACAGUAGUGAAAACUCCAAACAUCUUCAGUUUGUCUGUUGAAAUGCUGAGAAGAGAGGUGAAGAACUGUUUGACUCUUUGUCCUCCUGGACCAAAUGUUCUGCUGCUGUUAGUGAUUCCUUCUGAGUUCACUGAGGAGUACAGACAAACACUGAAGUUCAUCCUGAAUCUGUUUGGUCAAGAUGCUUUUAAAUACUCGAUGGUCAUCAUGACACAUGAGGAGAGGAGUGAAAUGAGUGUCACUGUUAAUGAACUCCUGAGAGACUGUGGAGGAAGAUACUACAGUAUGUCUGAAGACAACCACAGAUCACUGAUGGAGAGGAUUGAAGAAACUGCUAAUAAAUACUUCAGAGCAGCUUUAAACCUGGUCCUGUGUGGGAGGAGAGGAGCAGGGAAGACUUCAGCAGCCAAGGCCAUUUUAGGUCAUACAGAGCUUCAUUCAGUCUCCAGCUCAUCAGAGUGUGUUAAACAUCAGGGAGAGGUGUGUGGACGUUGGGUUUCCCUGGUGGAGCUGCCUGCCUUGUAUGGAAAACCUCAGGUGGCAGUGAUGGAGGAAUCAUUCAGGUGUAUCUCCCUCUGUGAUCCUGAGGGCGUCCAUGCCUUCAUCCUGGUCCUACUUGUGUGUUCCCUCACUGAUGAAGACAAGGGAGAGUUAGAGACCAUCAGGAACACAUUCAGCUCUUUAGUCAAUGACUUCACCUUGAUCCUGUUCACUGUGGAGUCAGAUCCUACAGCUUCAGCUGUUGUUAACUUUAUAAAGGAGAACAGAGACAUCCAGGAGCUCUGUCAGAGCUGUGGAGGAAGAUAUGUUGUUCUCAACAUCAAGGACCAGCAGCAGAUCCCAGAGCUGUUGGAUGCUGUGGAAAAGAUGAUGGCUGAAGAAUCCACAUGCUUCACAAAGGACACGUUCACCAAGGCUCAGCUGGAUAAUGUUUCAAGACUUAAAGCUGAACUGCAGGAUCUCAAACAGAAAAGGGAGAUGGGAACUGAUGACAUCAGUCAGAGCAGAGAGUGUCUCAGGAUGGUGCUGAUUGGGAAGACUGGCAAUGGGAAGAGUGCAACUGGAAACACCAUUUUGGGCAAAGAACAUUUUAAAUCUAAAGCCUGGUCAAAGUCUGUCACUAAAGUUUGUGAGAAAGCAACAGGAGAGAUUGAUGGACGACCUGUCGCUGUGGUCGACACCCCCGGCCUGUUUGACACGACUCUAUCAGAUGACGAUGUUCAACAGGAGCUUGUAAAAUGCAUCAGCAUGUUGUCUCCUGGACCUCACAUGUUCUUACUGGUGCUGCAGAUCGGCCGCUUUACAAAAGAGGAAAAAGACACUGUGGAACUGAUCAAGAAAUAUUUUGGCAAGAAUUCAAGAGAUUUCAUCAUCAUCAUCUUCACCAGAGGAGAUGAUCUCAGUCAGUCAGUUGAGAGUUACAUUGAAGACUGUGAUGACUUUUUGAAAAAGCUGAUAAAUGACUGUGGAGGAAGAUACCAGGUCUUCAAUAACAAAGAUCAGACAAACCGCACACAAGUCAGAGAGCUGAUGAAGAAGUCAAACAGAAUGUUGAUGGAAAAUGGCUGCAACUGCUACACCUCAGAGAUGUUCCAAGAGGCAGAAGAAGCCAUACAGAAGGAAGUGGAGAGAAUCCUGAAGGAGAAAGAAGAAGAGAUGAAGAAACAGAAGAAGGAGCUUCAGAGAAAACAUGAGGAGGAAAUGGAGGCAAUGAAGAGAAGAAUGGAACAACAGAAAGCAGACACUGAAAAGGAGAGACAACUGAGAGAUAAACAACUUAAAGAAAUGGAGGAAAAUAUCAACAAGGAGCGUGAAGAGAGAAAGAAAGAACAGGAAAAGAGAGAAGAAGAGGACAGGAAGAGGAAGGCGCAGGAAGACAGUCAACGACAGGAGUGGGAACAAAAACUUGACCGAGAGAUGGAGCAAAGUAAAGAAGAGAUGAAAAAGCAAAAAGAGAACUGGGAGAGGGAAAGAGAUGAAUGGUGGGAGAAACGAUUUCAAGAAAAUGAACAGAGACGACAAGAGGAGCAAACAAGACUUAAAAGGCUCCAGGAAGAAUACAAGCAGGAAAGAGAAAAACAUGAAAAGAAAAGAAGAGAAGAAGAUCGAAUCAGAAGAGAACAAGAGGAGAAGGAGAGAAAAGAAUUAGAGGAAAACUACAAGAAAAAAAUGGAGGAAAUGAAGAAGAAGUAUGAAGAGGAGGCCAGAAAACAAGCUGAAGAGUUCAAUGAGUUCAGACAGAAAUACACAAAGGACUUUACAGCGCUGGUAGAGAAGCACAUGGAGGAAAUACAGGAACUGAAGAAAAGGCAUGAGCGACAGAUGCAGGAGACAGAAGAGAGCCAUGACAAAGAGUACAGUCUGUUGAAAAACCUCUCAAGUCACAAAGAAAAAGCUCUGAAAGAAGAAACAGAGACACUGAAGAAAAAGCAUGAGCAAGAAAUAUAUGAACUAAAACAGAAUUACCGAAGCAAAUGUAUCAUCCUCUGAGUGAGGUUUGAUUACCACCUGGGCAAAGAGCAAAGUGGGGCAAAGUGGGCAACUGCCUGGAGCCCCGGACUCUCUAAGAUCCACUGUACAACAGUUUAAUUUGUUUGGUAAUCUGCAGCACAUAAGAACCCAGAGGUGCCUUCAGGUGGCUUUAACAUAUACUGAAGCUGCUGUCAGACAGCGAUCGAGUGUACCUUUUACCUGGUGUAUCAGUAAUAUCAGUAUUUAGUCAAUUACUGCCACUACUUCAUCGUACCUAAGGCCCCGUCUACAAGUAUACAGAUACCAUUUGGCCUCUUGUCCAAACACAAACAGAAUUUUAGGUCACUAAAAUUAAGAUUUUUUAGAAAUGCUUUUUGAGGUGCAGAUUUUUCAAAACUCCGCUGUUAAUCUGUGUAGAUGUGUAAAACUGAGCGUUUAGGAAAGGAGGACACCAUCUUCUCAAUUUGUACAUAUCAACUGUUGCUUUGUGUAACUAACAUUCAAUGGCAGACUACUGAUUUGUUUAUGUUUUGUCAGCACCGUUUUGUCUAAUGACUUCUUUACACUUAAACUUAGUACUGCUCCACCACUUCAUGGAUGAAUGGAGCAGUCUACCCUGCUGGCUUUAGAUCCAGCCUGAAGCAGCUGAUUGUGGAACGCUGACGAUUGUUGUCAAUGAGGAGUGGAAGAAAUAUUAUAUAUAUAUUAUAUAUAAAUAUCAAGAGCAUCACUCUUAGUUUAAAAUGAGUUCCUUGGUACUUAAAUUGAAGGGGAAUUAAGGGUGAUUAGAUCUCCAGUUGUUUUGAAAUAGGUAACAUCAGCCUGUGCACCUUAAUAUCUUCACAACAACAGCAGAAUGCAGAAGAUGGCUGACACUGAUGAGCGCUUGGUGUCAUUUUUGUGUUGUAGUGUGUACGGAGAUAUUUUGUGAAAUCAAGGUUGUGUGGACAGAACAGAGGAGGAGAAAAACUAUCCGUUCUUAGAAAUCAUUGUAAAUGUGUAGCCAGGGCCUAAAUGUCAACCUUUGUGUUCUUUUUAAAAAUAUGUCUUAAUAUACUUAGAGAAUAAAGUCAGCCUGUUAUUCUGUCACAUGAGGGCAGCUUGUCAAUGUCAGCAAAUUUUUUCUUGAAGUGUCGUGUUUCCUGUUCGAUGAGCUACAGCCUGACUACUGCUCUUCACUGCAGUGUGAACGUUCAUCGGACAUAAUAACCUUUUCUCCUAUUUGUAAAAUUCUUUCACUAUCAUCAUUAUUAUAGUUAUGCAAUGUAACACACACACACACACACACACACACUAAAAAAAAUGAAUUACUGAACUACAAAGCUACAGCAUGUGUAACCUACAACCUUCCAGAAUAAAUACUUUGAAAGGAA